CAGAAUACUUGCCUCCACCCCCACGCUCUAAGUCCGCCCAGCUCUAGUUCUGCGCAGUCUCCUGGAAUGAUUUGCCAUCUCUAUGGCAACCCGGUAGCGUGUGUCUGAAGAUAGGGGCGGAUCUACAGACCAGUUGCGGUGGAAAGCGCAGUUCUGGCUGCAGGCGUAAGGGAACAAGCUCAGCGAACUUUCUCUACCGCGCUUUUAGCAACGUCGACGCAUUUGUUUUCUUUCACAUCUUUAGACCUACAGCCCAAUUCUGAAGGAUUGGGGUCCGACUUGGAACCGUUUCCCUCUUUGGAUGACCGUCCUCGGUCGACCCAGCCUGCAUAAUCCACAACAGCGACCUCCAGCGCUAAAGCAACAUCAUUACCUACAAACACCCCAGGGCCCGACUCAGCCCAGCCUUCUCAUGGAGACCUACUCUGACAGUCUUCUUGGAGAGCCUCACACUGCAAAGACAAGCCAGGAAAGUCUUAGCUGUGAUCCUGUCCGUCUUUCCUCUAUUACUGAGGAUGCCUGUACUUCAAUUGGCCCUCGUUCUUAUCCUGCCGCUGCUCAGGGCUCCAGCUCUGGUCUUGACCAUGACUCUAGUCCUUGUUAUAGUUCUGGUAGAGGUGCUGGUCCUGCCCCUAAAUCUGGGCAUAGUCCAGUUUGUGUCAAUGUCUCUGAGGUCAGGCUCUGUGCUCCUUCAAGCUUCAGGACUCCUGGGGCAGAUCUGGCCCUUAAUUAUGCUUCGUGCCAUGGGGAGCCUCAGAAACAACCACCAUGGGAAUGUUUGCAAGUCCCAGAACCUGGUGUUCGAGGGUUAUGGAAGCCCCCUGAGGCUGAAGAGAAGUGUGAAUUUCUUCAUGAAACAAUGCCAAGGGGCCAAUGUCUUCUCUACAACUGGGAGGAGGAGAGAGCCACCAACCACCUGGAUCAAGUCCCAAGCAUGCAGGAUGGCUCUGAGAGUUACUUCUUCCGACAUGGACACCAGGGACUGCUGACCCUGCAGCUACAGUCACCCAUGUCCUGCAGCACCACCCAGAAAGAUUCUUAUCAGUUCCUGAGAAAUCACCACCAGCCUCUUCGAGGGAAGCGUGAAGCCAUGCUGGAGAUGGUCCUGCACCACCAAAUCUGUAAAGAGGUACAGGUGGAACAGGAAACCACAAGGAAGCACUCUGAGGUCGAGUCUGUGACACACCAUGACUACAAAAAGGAGCUGGUGCAAGCGGGGCCUCCGGCCCCAACAAAGCCUCACGACUACCGUCAGGAGCAACCUGAAACCUUCUGGAAGCAGAGGGCAUCACAGCUACCGGGUGUCAGUAAUAUCAAGACAUUGGACACACCAUUCCGGAAGAACUGCAGCUUCUCAACACCAGUGCCUUUGUCUCUAGGGCAGCCUCUGCCCUACGAACCUGAGGAUUUCUCCCACCAUUUAGGAGAAAUAUCUUCCCUUGUCUGUCAGGGAGGUGGGCUGGGUAGUAAAGGGUGUAGAACUACUCCUACUUAAGGGUUGAAGACAGAAGUAGACUAUGAGAUUGAUUUGUUUGUAGUGGAAAAGUGGGGAGAAGGUGAAGUCUGUAUUUGGUGAAAGGACUUUACAUAAAGGGUUCUCUUUCAUCCCGAGAUUGCUAGUUCAGUGAUUCUGUGAGUUUUCAUGUCCAUACCCUAUAACCUUUCCUGAGAGUUGCCCCUAACCCAGACUAUGACACCAUGACUUUUUUGUUGUUCUAUAUUUGGCCAAAAUAUUCUGGUUUAGAUACAGAUAUUUACAGAAUGGAGGGAGGAAAGGGACCAGGCAAGAGAAGGGGUGGGGGGAUAUGUACAAGACUGAGCUGCAAAGGGCAACAACUUUGAUACAAGGUAGGGUGUUUGUGCACAUUGGUUUCCAUCUCAUGUAACGAUGCUGGUUUCUGGUAUGUGGAGAGAUGGUGGUCACUGCCCACCCAGGUACCAGCUGCAGGAGACUGUCCAAUUGGGGAAGAAAUGGGGUUUACAGGAGUCCAGCAGGUCCUUUACGCUCUCCUAGGAGCCAAUAAGUUCGCAUCUUUCCUUUUCCCUAGAAGCAGGCGAAGUAGGUAAUUCAGAUUGUCCUGCGGUAGUCCCUUUAUCUCCUUCUCUUCCUCCAUAGCCCCCCCACAGUCACUUUUAUCCUCCCCUUCCAUGACCUCCUCCCCACCCCUCCAUCACCUUCAUCUCCACAUCACCCCGAAGCUCUAGCUGGAAGCAUCCUAGCUCAUCCAGAGCAUCCUUGGUGGUAGAGGAGACGUGGAUCUUCAAGGCUGGGGUGAGAUGGGGGGGUCGGAAAAAGAAGACUCAAAGAAAAGGCAGCAGAAGAACUGGUGGUACUGGAAAGUGCUUUACCCAACCUCCACCCCUCAAGGGGCUCUCGAUCAUCCCAAUGUAUAUACACUAGAAUUAAAUCAUGCCCGUGGAGAGGGCAGUCGGAAAUAGUCCCCGCUCAAAUUGAGAGUAAGGGGGAACUCUGAAAAGAAGAAAGGGUACACAGAUUGAGGCUAAAGUUAGGGUUGAGGGCCAGUGUCUCACCUUGACCAUUUGACUCCAUUCGGGAAGCGGUAUUCACUGUGUCUCCAAAAAGACAAUAGCGGGGCAUCUUCAGGCCAACCACCCCAGCACAGACGGGCCCUGUGAGAAAAACAGGUUGGAGAGCUUGGGGAAAGCAGAUGCUAGGGCUGGAGUGUGAGUCAGCCUUACCUGUGUGGACCCCUAUGCGUAGCCUCAGCUGGUCGUGGGGUCGGUGGCGGAUGCGGAAGGAAGAAACUGCAUCCAAUAAUGCUAGGGCCAUACGAGCAAUUUCUGGAGCAUGGCGUUGACCAUUUCGGCCCGGGAGACCAGAUACCACCAUAUAGGCAUCUCCAAUGGUCUCUACCUGAUUGAGAGAAUUAAAAGGUCACUUCUAACUAUCAUGGGGGGAACACAGA